AUGGCCGACAAAGUACCAGACGUUAAAUUAAACAACGGGCAAUUAAUGCCAGUGUUAGGUUAUGGGACUUGGAAUUUCUUUAAGGAAAAUCAAGUACGUGAUGCUUUACGUGUAGCUAUCGACAUUGGUUACCGCCAUAUUGACACGGCGUCUGUUUAUAAAACAGAACCAGAAAUCGGUGAAGCUGUGGAGGGUAAAAUUAAAGAUGGUGCUAUCAAACGAUCUGAUCUCUUCAUCACAUCAAAGCUAUGGAAUACCUACCAUGAUCCCGAAUGGGUUGAGUUUGCUUUAAAGAAGAGUUUAAAAGCCUUAAGGACUGACUAUUUGGAUUUGUAUUUGAUGCACUGGCCAUUUGCUGUGGAUUCGGACGACAAGGAGUCGUUUUUAUUUGAGGAAGGGUUGAGACCAUCUAAAAUCAAAUUGCUAGACACCUGGAGGGCAAUGGAAGAAUUGGUACUAAAAGGUUUAGUUAAAAGUAUUGGUUUAUCUAAUUUUAAUGCUGAACAAGUUGGAAGAAUAUUGAAUGAUAAAAAUCUCAGAGUAAAACCAGUCGUCAAUCAGGUUGAAAUCCAUCCAUAUUUUACCAAUGCAGAAUUAGUUGACUAUUGUCAGAAAGUUGGAGUUGUCGUUACAGCAUAUUCACCAUUAGCUAAAGGCGGAGAAGAAAUUACUGAACAAAAGCCUCCUGAUACACUUACCGAUCCAACCAUAGUCAAGAUAGCUAAGAGACACGGCAAAACUCCUGCUCAAGUUGUAUUAAGAUGGGGUAUUGAUAGAGGAUAUACUCUCGUACCAAAAAGUGUUACACCAUCAAGGAUUAAAGAAAACUUUGAGAUAUUUGAUUUUUCAUUGACACCAGAAGAAGUAAAAGAAAUCAAUGGUUUAAAUAGAAAUUAUAAAUGCAUCACACAUCUGAUGUUUAAAGAUUAUCCAGAAUUUCCUUUCACUUGGUUGAUCUGAACAAUUACAUUAUCAGUUACCCUUUAGUCGAUGAUGAAAUCAAAGUUUUAUAUACAGAUAAUUCUGCACAACCCCUGCACCUUCUUAGCCAUAAAACAUUCCUAGACAUAGCUUGUUACACAAUAUUUUUUGCAAAAAUAAUAUAUCCAGAUGAUUGUUUUAAUUUUUAAAAAAGAUACGUUUAGAUACUUUUUUUCAGCUUGUAGUUUUUCUUGAUGCUUUUUUUCGUAGUCGCAAUCGUUUCAAAAUAGUUUGGUCUUCAUACUUAUUGUUACGUUGCCCUUUAUGCGAUGUGACUUAUGUUAUUUCUUUAUUAAACUAGUAGUUAACACUUAUUAAACUGUCUUCAAUGAU